UUCGUCUCGCGCAUGCGCUGUUGGGUCAGUCGUCUUCCGACACCUUGCUAGCUUGAGCUGGAGUUGGUGGCUGGACCUCUUACGACUUUGGGUUACGAUGCUGCCGUUCUCUUUGCUCUGGGCGGCUCAGCCGCUUCGGAGAUGUGGCCAACUGGUCAGGACAGCCAUCCGGGCUCAACACAGCAAGGCGGCUCAGACUCAGACUGGGGAAGUGACCAGGGGCUGGACCGGCCAGGAGAGCCUGUCCGACAGUGACCCUGAGAUGUGGGAGCUGCUGCAGAGGGAGAAGGACAGGCAGUGUCGUGGCCUGGAGCUCAUUGCCUCAGAGAACUUCUGCAGCCGAGCUGCGCUGGAGGCCCUGGGGUCCUGUCUGAACAACAAGUACUCGGAGGGUUAUCCUGGCAAGAGAUACUACGGGGGAGCGGAGGUAGUGGACGAGAUUGAGUUGCUGUGCCAGCGCCGGGCCCUGGAAGCCUUUGACCUGGAUCCCACACAGUGGGGAGUCAACGUCCAGCCCUACUCAGGGUCCCCAGCCAAUCUGGCUGCCUACACAGCGCUUCUGCAGCCUCACGACCGAAUCAUGGGGCUUGACCUGCCUGAUGGGGGCCAUCUCACCCAUGGCUACAUGUCUGAUGUCAAGCGGAUCUCAGCCACAUCCAUCUUCUUUGAGUCGAUGCCCUAUAAGCUCAACCCCCAAACCGGCCUCAUUGACUAUGACCAGCUGGCACUGACUGCUCGACUGUUCCGACCACGGCUCAUCAUAGCUGGUACCAGUGCCUACGCACGCCUCAUUGACUAUGCCCGCAUGAGGGAGGUGUGUGAUGAGGUCAAGGCACACCUGCUGGCAGACAUGGCCCACAUCAGUGGCCUGGUGGCUGCCAAAGUGAUCCCCUCACCUUUCAAGCAUGCGGACAUUGUCACCACCACCACUCACAAGACUCUUCGAGGGGCCAGGUCAGGACUCAUCUUCUUCCGGAAGGGAGUGCGGGCUGUGGACCCUAAGACUGGUCGGGAGAUCCCUUACACCUUUGAGGACCGAAUCAACUUUGCCGUGUUCCCAUCUCUGCAGGGUGGCCCCCACAACCAUGCCAUUGCUGCUGUAGCCGUGGCCCUAAAGCAGGCCUGCACCCCCAUGUUCCGGGAGUACUCCCUGCAGGUCCUGAAGAAUGCUCAGGCCAUGGCUGAGGCCCUGCUAGAGCGAGGCUACUCUCUGGUGUCUGGUGGCACUGACAACCAUCUGGUGUUGGUGGAUCUGCGGCCCAAGGGCCUGGAUGGAGCUCGGGCUGAGCGAGUGCUAGAGCUCGUGUCCAUCACUGCCAACAAGAACACCUGUCCUGGAGACCGAAGUGCCAUCACACCUGGGGGUCUGCGGCUUGGGGCCCCAGCCUUGACUUCUCGUCAAUUCCGUGAGGAUGACUUCCGGAGAGUUGUGGCCUUUAUAGAUGAAGGGGUCAACAUUGGCUUGGAGGUGAAGAGUAAAACUGCCAAGCUCCAAGAUUUCAAAUCCUUCCUGCUCAAGGACCCUGAAACAAGUCGGCGUCUUGCGGACCUCAGGCAACGGGUAGAGCAGUUUGCCAGAGCCUUCCCCAUGCCUGGAUUUGAUGAGCGCUGAAGGCUGGAAAACGAGGCCACAAACUGAAAAUCACUCUCUCCUUCCCUGGGCCAGUGGAAGGAACACUUGUCUUUGUACUUUUGGGGGGAAGCGUAAAGGCCUCCCACUUAGGGCAGGAGCCAGGUACUGUCCCUCUUCCCAGCAUCUGCAGCUAUUGGUAACUAGGUAUUGAAGGAAGAGCUUUCUGCCCUAAACCCUCUGCCGUGAUCUCAGUGUUAUAGACUCCUCUUUCUUGGGAAGGGGGCAGUUACCCUUCUGAGCCAGAGGAAGGUGGGGAGGCACCCUCCUUCCUGAUUUUAUCUAAUAAAAAGCUAACCUGC